AUGGCUGCGCUGUACGCGGCCGUGGCUGGAGUCGGGGUCGCAUCUGUCGGCAUCGCGUCGUUGUUUCGAGAGUACGAGCCUUUGAAGUGCGACUCUGUGAUUUGGAGAGAUUUAUUGGAUAAAACGCCGGAACAAAAAGGCAAGACUGUUGCGAUAACCGGGACAACUUCGGGGACGGGAUUAGCGUUGGCGAAAGGAUUUGCAGAAAAAGGCGCGAAAGUUUUAAUGCUGAACCGAACGAGCGAUCGGAGCGAGAAGGCGUGGGAGGAAGUCGUAAGAGUUGGCCGAGCGCACGGUGCUCCAGAUGCGAUUCACAUCGAUUGCGAUUUGCAAAAGUUUUCGUCGGUACGAAAAGCCGUCAAGGAAGUGAAGAAGAACGCGGACGUUUUGGACGUUUUGUGCAACAACGCGGGGAUCAUGGCGUUGCCAUUCAAAGGCACCGAGGAAAACGGAUUCGACCAGCAAAUGCAAGUGAACUGUUUGUCGCACUUUUUGUUGACGCAAGGCGUGUUCCCGUUGCUGUCAAAAUCCAAAGACGCGCGAGUCGUGAAUCACGCGUCGGUUGCCGCGAAUACGAACGGCGAGUUCGAUUUAACGUCGUUAGAAAAACACCCAGAAUGUUCUGAACACUACUCUACUCCUUGGCAAAUGUAUGGGCAAACCAAACUAGCAAACAUUGUGUUUACCAAAGCGCUAGACUCGCGUUUGCGUAAAAAAAAGAUUACAAACGUGAAAGCGCUCGUCGCGCAUCCAGGCUUUGCGGCGACUGAAUUACAAACCACGCACGCAAAAUCAGGAGGAAGAUUUAACCACUUUGUGAUGAAUCUCAUCAAACCGUUCUUUCAAUCUGCUGAAGAUGGUGCGGCGGGUAUCUUACUGUGUUCGUACUCGAUGGAUGUGGAAAGCGGUAAAUUUUACGGUCCGUCGCACGGUAUGCGGGGUAAAGGUUUCCCGGAACCUCACGAACCGAAAGCGAAACCGAUUACCGAGGAGAUGAUGGGUAAGUUUUGGAAGAAGCACGAAGAGUGCGUCGGUACUCGCUUCGAGGUGUAG